AUGCAAUGGAAGCUGUAAAAAGGGGUCUCUGUUGUGUUGGUGUAAGAGGAAAAGAUGUUAUAAUAUUGGGAGUGGAAAAGAAAGCUACAUCAAAAUUGUAAGAUGUUAAAACAAUAAAGNUAAAUGUUAGAAGUUAACAUAUAAAACCUUGCAAGAAUAUCAAAGAGUUAUUUGGAUUAAAUUUAUGCGUAAGUUAAGUAUCAUUAACAUAAAUUGAAGACUUACCUGAAAAUGAUAUUUAAUUAUUUCAAAGUAAACAAAUUGAUCCUGAUCUCUUAGAUUAGCUCUCAUAAUUUGAAUAAUGAAAUGAUUAUAUUUUUAUAAGUCACUAAAUUAAUAAUAUAUAUUGUUAAGAUUAAUAUGAAAAGCUCAAGAAAAGAGACUUAAAAGAUGAAAGCCUUUAAUAUUCUUCAUCUUGAACAUGUAGCCAAUCGAAUAGAUUAAUUACUCAAUCCUACUUCUAGAGAAUAAUUCACUUAAGUGAGAUAAAUCAAACCAGGAAUCAAAUUUGUUAUUAACAAUAAAUUGACGCCUUAUAAGUAAAGAUAAUCAGUUUUUGAAUAAAUUUAAUCUUCCAGAUCUAGCAUUAUUCAAACUUAAGACAGAUAAAGAAGGUAGCAUAAUAACUCUUCAAAAAGUUCAUCUUUUUUGGAAAAAAAAAUAAAUUAAUUAAAAAAAGAGCUUGGCAAUUUAUAAAAAGCUAGACUAUUUGAAAAAAAUAAACCUAUUCAUUCUGUUCAUAAAAUGGCUCUCUAUAAUAAUUUAUAAGAGAUUCAGGAUCAAAAAUUGCUAAUAAUAGACAAGAAACCAUAAUCAGCUAGGAAAGUUAUUGAUAAAUCUAUAGAGGAGUUGAAUGGUCCUUUGAAAAAGAAGCCACAAUAACAUAUGUUUUUAUAAAAUAUUGUUAUCGAAAAUUCAUCAAAUCAAUUAGAACCAUCUGUUAUUUGUAUACCAACACCAGAAAUAAAAGCAAAGGUGAAAUUGAUUCCUACUCAUUAAAGAAGUGUUAGUUAAGGUUUGAUAACCCAAUAAAAGAGACCUGUAAAGAUAUGGAACAAUGAUCUUAUUGAAUUUAAAGGUUGGGAUGUAGAAGAAGAAGAUGAUUACUUAAGAUUAGGAUGA